CUGUUUUCGUCUUCUUCCUUCUUUGCUCUAUAGGGACAAACAGACCGAUUCAUAAUUCGAAACUCGAAAAAUCCUUCCUUUUUCUUAAAUCUCAGAAUCUCCAACUCUCUGUAUAGAUCAGAUCCCUUCUUUUUUCUUCUUUUGUAGUACAUUAUUUACAUACAUAUACAAAAACAUCAAAUCUGUAAUUGAAGCGGUCCCUGAUCGUGAUCAAGGAGCUGUGUUAUGCUUAUGUGAGAGAUGGUGUUCAAGAGGAAGUUAGACUGCGUAUCUGUUGCCUUUGAUUACCCCAAUAUCCCCAGGGCUCCUCGUUCUUGCAGGAGGAAGGUUCAAAACAAGAGAACCGAUGAUAAUGAUGACGCUCAGAUGUGUGCAAUGGACUUGCUCGCUUCUCUAGCUGGAAAGAUACUAGAGGAAGGCCAGAGCUCCUCAGCCUCUUCCAAUGCAUUCGAAGGGAAUGCUCACGAGAAUUUCGGCAAAGAAGUCAAAACUGAACGAGAAGAUCAUGACAAGCCUCUUAAAUCUGAGUCGUCUGACCAAGGAAACUCUGUUUCAAUGCCUACGUAUGAAAACACUAGCGACAAGUGUGUGGUAAACAGCUUCUUAUUUCCUGAUAACGACGGCAUUUUGGAGCGAACUCCUCCGAUGUCUGAUCACAAGAAGAUUCAUGGGGAGACGGGUGAUGUUAAUGUGAAUCCUGGGUUUGAACAAAGAGAAGCAACCGGUGGCUUAACCGCUAACACUUGCAACUUAGAGGAUAAAACUGCAUUAGAUGUGCAGUUUCCUAAACCAGUCUGCGUGGAUGGUGAUGAUCUGAAAUCGCCAUCUUGCGUGAAUAUGAUCCCUAAUGGUUCCCUUGCUAGACAUGGGAAUCAUACUAACCUAGUUAGAGAUGAUGAUGAAAAGUUAUAUAGUUCUCGUAAAUGUAGCAAUAAGUUUACGUCUUAUAAGUCUCCAGCUAUUAGAAGAAUAAGAAAGUCCAAAUACUCGAAACAAGUCUCCAAGGAUUUUGGACACUACAGAGCUGAUGUUGGCAUAAAGGCUCUUUACCGCAAAAGAAAGUCAUGUUAUGGAUACAACACAUGGAAACAUGAGACCAUCUAUAAGAGGAGAAGAUCACCGGACAGAAGCUCGGUUGUAACUUCUGAUGGUGGACUCAGUAAUGGAAGUGUUUCCAAGUUACCUGAGAAACGAAAAUCAGUAAAGCUAAGCAUCAAGUCCUUUAGGAUUCCAGAGCUUUUUAUUGAAGUUCCAGAAACUGCAACAGUAGGAUCACUCAAGAGGACCGUGAUGGAGGCUGUCAGUGUUUUACUCAGCGGUGGAAUACGUGUUGGGGUAUUGGUACAUGGGAAGAAGGUCAGAGAUGACAAGAGAACUCUGUCACAGACUGGGAUCUCAUCUGAAGAGAAUCUAAGCAACCUUGGGUUCACCUUGGAGCCUGGUGGUACCAGCAAUGGUCCCAUACCUUUAUGUUCCAAAGAUCCUGUGGUGCCAACAACAGAGCCGACAAGCUUGUGUGAACGGUCUGCUGCGGCUUCUCCCAAUGCAGAUGAUGUGAUUAAUUCAGGGAGUAUUGUGGACAAUAAACUCGAGUUAGUCCCAUAUCAGAGUGAGAUAUCUGUUGAUGAACCUUCAUCAGACUCAAGAGCGCUUGUUCCACUCCCAGCCUUGGAGGAAGUUAAGGCGCUUGCCAUUGUGCCACUGAACCAGAAACCUAAGCGUACUGAGCUUGCCCAGCGCAGAGCCAGGAGACCUUUCUCUGUGACAGAGGUAGAAGCUCUCGUACAAGCAGUUGAGGAACUCGGGACUGGAAGAUGGCGUGAUGUGAAAUUGCGUGCUUUCGAGAAUGCUGAUCACCGAACCUACGUGGACUUGAAGGACAAAUGGAAGACGCUGGUCCACACAGCAAGUAUAUCACCGCAGCAAAGAAGAGGAGAGCCGGUGCCACAAGAACUGCUAGACAGAGUGUUGAAGGCAUACGGGUAUUGGUCGCAGCACCAAGGGAAACAUCAGGCGAGAGGAGCACCUAAGGAUCCAGACAUGAACAGAGGUAGAGCUCUUGAUUCAGGUGUUUCAGUGUAAAAAGGAGGCAAGCAUUGGUGGGUGGUGGGUGUACAUAUGAAAACAAGAAUAAUUGUAAACUCAGUUUCUGCAUAGACUCGUCUUUCUCCUACAUUUUUUUUUUCUGCUUUGGCAUUUUGUAAAUGACUCAACAACGUUUAGCUUUUCUGUACUUGUUUUUAUCUCAAACUGAUUAUGCUGUGUAAGAUGGUCAGUCCAGAAUGUAAUUCUAGAGAUUCUUUUAUAAAGUGAGAUAACACAGUGGAGUGUUGGUUAUUA